AUGGGAUACUCCUCGAAAUACACGGCGAUGUCGGGUUAUAAUGGAAUGAAUGACAUGUGCAGAUACAUUUCAUGUCCAUUUGGUCAAUAUUGUUUUAACGGGAAUUGCGUAACGAAUUCGGCUUUGUUAACGGGGGAUUUUCCAUGCAACUUGAUGCAACAAUGUCUAAACGGGCAAAUCUGUGAACGGGUUCUGUCAGGAAAGAGUAACGUGGCCUUUGCCGGGAGUCAAGUGGCCCCACAACAGACAACCUGUAUGACGGGCGCCGUUUGUCCGGUUGGCGAGUUUUGUAUGGGUGGCGUUUGCAUGAAAAACCCGAUGAGCACAACGUUUGGUGAG